AAUAUUUUUUCAUUCUCUCUUAGGUUUAUUUUCUUGAAAAGGCUCCAGGCUUCGGCUUGGAAAAUCCAACCGCCAAAAUUGAGCCCAGCAGCUGGAGCGGCAGCGAGAGCCCUGCCGAAAACAUGGAAAGGAUGAGUGACUCUGCAGAUAAGCCAAUUGACAACGAUGCGGAAGGGGUCUGGAGUCCGGACAUUGAGCAGAGCUUUCAGGAAGCCUUGGCUAUCUAUCCACCAUGUGGGAGGAGGAAAAUCAUCUUAUCAGAUGAAGGCAAGAUGUAUGGUAGAAAUGAAUUGAUAGCCAGAUACAUCAAACUCAGGACAGGGAAAACGAGGACCAGAAAACAGGUGUCUAGUCAUAUACAGGUCUUAGCAAGAAAGAAAGUUCGAGAAAUUCAAGCCGCCAUUAAGGUGUCUAGUCACAUUCAGGUUCUUGCCAGAAGGAAAUCUCGUGAUUUUCAUUCCAAGCUAAAGGUGACAAGCAUGGAUCAGACUGCCAAGGAUAAGGCCCUUCAGCACAUGGCCGCCAUGUCGUCAGCCCAGAUCGUCUCGGCCACUGCCAUUCACAACAAGCUGGGGCUGCCUGGGAUUCCACGCCCCACCUUCCCAGGGGCGCCGGGGUUCUGGCCGGGAAUGAUACAAACAGGGCAACCGGGAUCCUCACAAGACGUCAAGCCCUUCGUGCAGCAGGCCUACCCCAUCCAGCCAGCAGUCACAGCACCCAUUCCAGGGUUUGAGCCUGCGUCAGCCCCAGCUCCCUCAGUUCCUGCCUGGCAGGGUCGGUCCAUUGGCACAACCAAACUUCGCCUGGUGGAAUUUUCCGCUUUCCUCGAACAGCAGCGAGACCCGGACUCGUACAACAAACACCUCUUCGUGCACAUUGGGCAUGCCAACCAUUCUUACAGUGACCCAUUGCUCGAAUCAGUGGACAUUCGUCAGAUUUAUGACAAAUUUCCUGAAAAGAAAGGUGGCUUAAAGGAACUGUUUGGAAAGGGCCCUCAAAAUGCCUUCUUCCUCGUAAAAUUCUGGGCCGACUUAAACUGCAAUAUUCAAGAUGAUGCCGGGGCUUUCUAUGGUGUAACCAGUCAGUAUGAGAGUUCUGAAAAUAUGACAGUCACCUGUUCCACCAAAGUUUGCUCCUUUGGGAAGCAAGUAGUAGAAAAAGUAGAGACGGAGUAUGCAAGGUUUGAGAAUGGCCGAUUUGUAUACCGAAUAAACCGCUCCCCGAUGUGUGAAUAUAUGAUCAACUUCAUCCACAAGCUCAAACACCUACCAGAGAAAUAUAUGAUGAAUAGUGUUUUGGAAAACUUCACAAUUUUAUUGGUGGUAACAAACAGGGAUACACAAGAAACUCUCCUCUGCAUGGCCUGUGUAUUUGAAGUUUCAAAUAGUGAACAUGGAGCACAGCAUCAUAUUUACAGGCUUGUAAAGGACUGAACACGAUUAUUUAUAUAUAGAGAUACCUGUAUAUACACACACACACAUAUGUGCACGCACACACACACUCUCCAUUAUCGAACGACUGACUGUAAAACCUCACCAUGCAGGGGUGGUGCCCUGGCCCUGAGGUCACCCUGCUUUUCUAAAUCCUGUUUGAGUGAAGUCAUUUUUUCAUGUGUUCAUACUAUCAUCGUAGCUGUGAAGUUCUGGUACAGUUGUAAAAAGAGAAAUCAAGUUGUUUCUAUGUGUUCCUCAAAUCUGCAGCCCACAAUUCCUCGGGAAAGGUGAACCUUAAGCACCCAAGUCUCUGUCUGCAGAGACCUGUUUCUAAUUGUGGUAGAAAAUAUUCAGACAGAGCAUUUGUCGUGGGACAUUUACAGCCUUUAUACAAAUGUAUUUAGUUCUUUUGUUUUUUUUCCAACAUAAAAUUCUUGUUUUAAGAUACAAGUAAAAUUAAUCUUUAAAUAUAAAUGUAAAUUAGUACACAAAACUAAGAAUCUUUAGACUUAUCUUUGUAACUAAUUAGGGUGGAAGUUAUGAAAGAAUGUAAUUCACUAAAUUAUUUUUUAAAUGAAACUUUUCUUUCUUUUUGAAACCAAAUGUUAAAAUAUAGCCUUAAGAAAUGCUUGGUAGAAAUAUCCUAAUGAGACAAAUUUGUACCUUUUUCAAGGUUAAAACUAAUCUCCUAAUCCAUUGAACUCUUGAACAGGUAUUACAAAGGAAGAAAACUUCCCCCCUUAUCCUUAACAUAUAUAGUAUAUUUAAAAAUGUAAAACUGUAUUGUACUAAUGUGAUGGUUGAUUAUUUAAUGAAAAAGAAAAGAUGGCUCUUUUCGCAAUAAGUAGAUAAAUACUGAAAAUCUGAACUUACAAUGUUUAUAGUCUUGUGUGUGCAGUUAUAUUUUAUAAGGACAACCAAAUUUUUUUUAUUAAAAUGAGUAGAUAUUUGAACCACUGAAAUUUAAUAACAAAAAAUUUUAAUUGGCAUGAAUACUGCACUGUGAGCUGCAAAGUAUAAAAAAUCCUGUGGCUGGGAGAAAAUUUCAUCAACCAAACAAGUAAAAGGCUCAUCAGUUUUAGCAUCUCUGCUCCCCAGAAAUUGGCAAGAUCCUCAAAUGCCUGUGGAUAAAUUGUUUAUUUCUGGUAAUCCAAUAUGCAUAUUAACCUGCUAUAAAUAUAUGUAUGUGUGUGUUUGUGUAUACAUAUACACAUAUACAUAUAUAGUUAUUCAAGACAUAUUUAUUGAACACCUAGUUAGUGUCACUGAGUUUGCUAGGUGCUGAUUAUGUAUGUAUAUUUCAGUCUGUUUCUAUAGAUAUAUUCUCUAAGGACAUCCAUUUUCUUGUCAUCUCUCAAUAAGUCACAGUACUUGUUUGACCGAGGUUUAAGAGGCCCAGCUAUCUAUCUCUGACCUUUCAAACAGGCUCAUUUGGGAGGUUCUUUUCCCAGGAGAGAUUCAACUUUCCAACCCAACUAUUCCAAAGCAUGACCCAGGCAGACUUGGUUUGAUGUAGCCACAUACCUGUCUUAGGUUCUUUCCACAGUACUUCCUCGGGAAAUACCCACAAGGACACACCCCCAACUUCCCAGAAAAACUGACACUUUUAUAGUUGUUGGAAACACGUUAACACAACAGAAUGUGAAAUAAGUUUUAUAAGAUGUAUGAAACCUAUCAAGACUUUUCAUCAAGCCAGAAAAUAAAAACUUUGUUAUAUCACAUCCAAGUAACUUAUACACCCCUUUCAUGUCUCACUGUCUGCUCUGACCCUGCUCGCAUAUUGAUUGGUAUCGUGGUCAUGAGCAUGAGGGUGACUGGGCCUGGUCUCUUCCAAAUUCAUACCCCUGGUCACUGGGAAGACCAGAGGAGAAAGUGCAAAACCUUCCCCAUGUGGAGCGUACCCCCUUACGUAAACCAAUAGGAGGGCGCCCUCCUGCCCCCCCCAAGGAGACUACCUUUUGUUCCCUGAUUCCAACUAGGCCCUUGUAGGACUGCCUCAGUUGCCUGCUCUUCCACCUGGUCUUCACCCAAGCAUUUAAGCUUCUAUGGGUCACCAUCUUAGGGAUGUUGCUUUUGCUCCUGUCUCUGGCAUCUUUCCUCAUGGGAACCCCCACUCUUGCAGGAGCAGGACCCUAGACCUGAAGGCGUGCAAAUGAUUUAUGUGGCUCAAGGCCAGGCCAUCUCAGAACUCCAGGGGGAGAGGCAUCUGGUUCAUGUUCCCACCCAGAAAUGGGGCUCUUCUGUGCCCCCAGGAGAGCUCUUGGGAUUUACUUUUCAAAGCACAAAUAGACUGAGACCCAAGAAGACCAGCUCGAGGGUAGUUCUGUCGGCUACCCUGGUCGCUGACUCUGAGUCAGGCUGGGUUCUCUACUGCUUCACUGCCAGCGUCCUCCAGAUCCUUCUGUAGUUGAGUUUGGGGCGUUUACAUGGACAACCCUGAGGAUUACGUUUUGCUCUUAAAUCUUUUUGCUUACAUCUUUUGCUCCAAGAUCUUUUAAAGUUACUCCUAGUCUUGUUCUCAAGUUUUCUCCAGGGCAGAUAUUUUUCCCUAUCUUAUCCACUGGUCCAGUCACCCAAACUCUUGGCCCUCUCUCCAUCUCUCCCAAAUUAGACCCUGGGGUGCCAUUUGUGUGACAUCUAAUCCAAGCCUGUUUUUGGCCUCUCACCCUUUAUGGCAGAGUACAAGCCUUCCCAAAGCAUUGUCCUCACUGCUCGCUCCCAGGUGCUCUAUCUCCUGGUGACCCUCCGCUACCAGGUUUGAUUCAGGGACAUCCCGUGCUUUCACUGGAGAAAUCAGAGGCCAGGUUGUCAUGCCUAAGCAGGGAGUAGCUGAAGAACUGGGUUCUGGUCUGUUGCAUUCUUUCCCACCUGUGGUAAAAUCAGGAUUUCUUCAAGAACAUGUCCCAGGUCUCCAGGAUGUCCAAGCCGCCCAAGACCAGUGUCAACCUCGACACUUGACAUUUUAUACCAGAUGCUUCUUUGUUGUGUGGGGCUGUCCUGUGCAUGAUAGGAGGUUUUGUAGCCUCCUUGUCCUCUGCUCACUAGAUGCCAGCAGCACCUCUUCCCUCAGCUGUCACAACCCUAGAUGUCCUCAGCCAUCGCCAGUGUCCCAUCAGACACAAAAUUGCCCCUAGCAAAGAACCACUGCCCUAGACCACACAGGUCACAAAUACCAUAUUUGAGAGUUUCUUUUUCCUCCCAUUUCACCCCGAGAUAGCAUCUCUCCUUGUGUCAGACAUCGGGAGGCAGGUAGGAAUGUGACACAAGUGACAUUGUGUCCACGUUUCCUCCUGUCUCAGAACUUCUGUUUCACCACAGAGUUUCUCUUGCCACAAGUAUGUCUCCUUUGUGCCCAGGGAAGUUGGGAACAGCUGGUCACCAUCAUUCCUACGAUCAACUCGCACCUGUUUAAAGAGCAUUUCUAAUUUGACCUUCAAUCCUCAGUUUACCGGGUUGAAAAACACACAGCCAUUUUCGUUAUUUGUCAUCAGCUUGUGGGCCUCUUGAUCAGUCCUUUCAUCGAUUCAGUAAGUUUUCUCUGGUUUUCUACUUCUCUGCCUCACACUCAGUGCUGCUUGUAUUCAUAGAAGCCUCCGGAACAUGUCUUUUCACCGUUAGGGAUGGAGGAGGGAGGCCUGAUAGAAUUUUUUCUUUAUUGAGCUAAAAGAGCACAAUUGACUCCCCUUCAUUGUGUAGGUGAGAGCGCUGAGGCUCUGAGGGGAGAUGACUGCCCAGAGUCACCCGGCUUGGCUGGUGAUGGGAUGAGGGUGAGACUCCAGCCCCCCUGCCACUUACUCCUUGGUCUCUUCUGGUGGAGGUGGUUGUUCUUUGGUGCUCAGGAUGCUUAAAUGCCCCCUGCAAAUGUGCGGGCGGGGUUCAUUCAGAAGAGAGGGAGAUGAAGAGCCCCCUCUGCCGGAGCCCCAGCAGCACCCCAGGCUGCUGCUUCCCGCCCGGGAGAGGCCCGAGCUGGCGGAGGCCACCACGAGCAGCUAGGCGAGCUGAUGAGCCUUUUCGCUUCCUCUAAGUUCAGUCCACCAGCCACAGGCUCCUCGUCUAAAGUUCCAAUUGCUCAGCAUCCCGGCAGCCAAGUCCCGCACUCAGACCAGCCAAAAAACAGGCCCUUUCCAAGCACUUGGCGUGACAAGUCCCCAGAGGACUUGAAACCCCAAGUCCUUAGGUUUCAAUACUGUAGUGGCUUUAGCAGUUUGUUUUUGUAGAAACAUAAAUUAUUUAAAUUCUGAGACGACAGUUUUACAAACCAGGUACCUAUAAUUUGUAUGAUUUUGUACGUGCUCUGGUACACUGCACUCGUCCUAACGAAGGGUAGACCCAAUCUUGUGUGUUGGUGUCCACACCUGUGUCGUUUAAGAGGACACGUCUGUGUUGCUCGUUUCUUUACGUUGCUGUUUCUGUGGCAAAGCUCUGCACAGGUCAUUUCUGAAAAGCCUUAAAUCUUUGAGAUGCCGCGUGUAGGGUACGCAGUGCAGAAGGCUGCCUCGGAACUGUGAGUCCUUUUGUAAGCUGGAAGCGUUUCUCUUACUACUGUUACUUUUUUAGGAAGUUUUAAAUUCAGAACUGCCAAAGCGUUCCGGUAAGCAGUGCCUUAGUGAUACCUUAGUCGUGCCGCCAGCCUUCUCUUAGACCCGUUCUCAGUGCCCGUUUACCGAUUGGCCCAAUACUUAGAACAAGCAAAAAUUGUUUUCAUUUUGUUUUUUAAGCCCAUUUUUCUCCAGUUCUACAAGAAACUGACUGCUUGGUCUAAAAUCAGAAGCUGAGCCUAAGUCAGUCCUGUGCCCAGACUCCCAAAUGUAUAUACCAAAAUGGAAGGUUUUACAACUUCAUAGUUUCCUAUGAAGAGCAAGUUGUACUUUUAAUGUUGCCUUUUAAAUUCACGACCAAAUACUUAGCUAUUUGUGAAUCGUCUGCACUCUAGCAUGAAAGUGCCUUUGGUUUGAGAUUCCAGCUUAGAAAAGUGCUGCCAUAAUAACGAUAAUUUGUAGAGAGACCAAAAAUAUUUUGAGAUCACCAUAAUGCCUUUGGUUUACUGGGAUGAGUAACCAACCACAGGCCUCUGUCCGCAAGAGCACGACGUGGACCCUGCCUGCUGUGAGUCUGCGUGGGGGAGCCCCCGCCACCACCCACCGGGAACACGCUGCCGCAGGAGGGACCCCAGGAACUGCUGUGUUUGUGCGUGCCAAUGAUCCUGGUGUCAUCUCCGCUCGUCAGCCAGCCCUGCAGCCCCGGGAGGGGGCUCCCACGCGAGCAGCAGGCGCUCGGCCACCGGCCAGACCGUCCCCCUGACGUCGCGUUCAGCCCCCGCAGAGGCCUUCUUUCCCAUUCACACGACCGUGCGCACUUCUCUGGUUUACACGAUGAUACCAUUUUGAAAGUUGGAAGCCUCAAACCGAGAUGACAGUGCAGAACAAAAAGAGUUAGGGUCAUGACAAUUGAAGUGUUCUUCUUAGGGCCAAAAUGUUGACUCCGAGUGUCCUGUAUGACUGUGCUGUGAGAAACUUCCAAAGAGCACCAUUCACAAUUCGGCAUUUUCAAAGAAUGUUCCAGCCCUCAGAGGGGCCGGUCUUUAAAGUCCGCGUUGGCUUUUAUCAAAACCUUGUCUAAAUUGGGAAGGCGGGUAGAGGUAAGGAGGAGUGAGAGCAAGAGGCAAAGCACCAGCCAGACAAGCCAAGGAAAAAAGAUUUUUCUUUUCCCGUCUAGACUUAAGUGAUAUCAGACGUCUUUGCAAGUUAGCCUGGACUCCUAGUGCAUGUGUUCCGUCUCCCCCGGUGUCUUUAAGAAUACCCUCUCUGGGCUCUGAAAUGUCGGGAGUGCUUUCUGUCCACACCGCGUUGUGAGCAUUUAUAGAAAUCUCUACAAGGAAAAAAAAAGACAGGAAAAUUACUCCCACGGGCUCUAGUCGGCGCUUGCGUUCAGGCCCUCCCGUCACUGUACCAUGCACCACGGCCGGAAGAAGCUAGUCCGAUUCCCGUCGCCUCUGCUCUUUUCAGCUCUUACUGUGCUUUGUUUGGCAAUCGUUUUCUCCCAGAAACUCAUUGCUUAGACUGUUAAGAAUGAAGGUUUUGUGUUUAAAAUUUAUUGCAUCGCAAAGGACCUUUUCACCGAAGUCGUGCACCAUUAAAUAAGAUGAAAUAUUUGUAUUUAUUGUCCUACUUCUAAGCCGUAACUUGUCUUCUCUGUGGAUUUGCAUUGAGUCGGUCAGAUGCCGCACCACACUUUUGUAUUCGACGCGCCCCGUGGGUGUGCCCCCCGCGUUCGUCACUCGGUGGGGUCAGAUUCCAGCGGGCUCCCCUGACGCGUGGGCCCUCUGCGGGCGGCCUCUGCCCGCGGAUCGUUUCCCCUCCUGUUUCUCUCGGAGAAGCCGAGAGGAUCUGGGCGUAAAUCAGUUGGAAGCUGGUCUCUGAUUUUCUUUCAUUUCUUUGCAUUAGUCAUUCUCUGUGAUUAGUUUCACUGUGUAAAUUAGAUAUUAACUGCACUUCUUUAAAAAAAAAAAAACCUCCCUGUUACCUCCUUGAAAGAUUCACUUCUAUAGGCCUUUUUUUCAAUGGGCUCAUGACUACAGAUUAAAAAACAGUAAAAAUAACAACAGUAUGUGCCUGAAAAACGACAAAAAAAAUUUUGUAACAUUGAAAAAAAGAAACCUGAAUAGCCUUUAAUUCUUUAAUAUGCUUACAUGUUCUGUAAAUCGGUUUUCUCCACGUGUGUUUGUUCACAUUCUAAGUGACUUAAUGGGAUUCUCACAGUCUGUGUCUUCAUGUCACGUGGACAAAAUGGGCUUGUGAUGUAACUGUUUCAUCCGGUCAGUGGUUCCUUUGAUAUUGUACUGCUGCUGGGAGUGGGCCGUGGGACCUGCCUUCGGGCGCUAAGGUUCCUCUUGGGGAGAUUGGAGAGAUUGGGGGGCGGGGACAAAUCCUCACACACACUUUCUUAACCUAUUUGCAGAAACUCUCAAAAGGCAUUUGGUUAAACCUCUUGGCAGUACAGUAUUCUCGUAUUUGUUAACGUCUGUGUUUAGGUACUGGUACCUUUUUGUUUAAAAAAUGUUCUAAGUGUUGGCUUUAAAGUGAAUUUAUCUUUAGUAUGAUAGUUAUAUGAAAAUUAUAGGGUUUGUGUGCAGAGAAUUUUUUUAUAAAGUGCUUUGUAAAAAAAAAAAAAUGUAUUCUAGCUUUCGCGGUACAUAUGUGUGAUAACUUUAAUAUCCAUGACAGUUAAGUGCAAUUAUUUCAUCACUCUAAAAACGCUAUUUUUGUGUCAGUUCCUGCAGGUGUUUUCAUGUCUUUGCAAAGUGACACAUUUUGAUGCCUUCUUGAUAAAGUGGUAGACAUUUUGUAGCUUUCUAGAAACUUUGUAUUCAUACGGUAUCAAUGAAAAAUAAAGACAAUGAAAGUGUG